AUGGCGCGACUUGGCCGUAGUGGUUUUCUCACCCUUGCGGUGAUAUUCCACCUCAUCUAUGCCUACUCCAUAUUUGACGUCUAUUUCGUCAGUCCCAUUGUGAGUGGAAUGAGCUCGUUCCGCGUGGAGCGGGAGCCUGGCGCCAAAGCUCCAGCGCAGCGACUCGUUCUGUUCGUCGCCGACGGAUUGCGCGCAGACAAGGCCUUCCAGGCGCUACCUGACCCAGACAGUGCUUCAGAUGAAGACGCCGACCCAAUUCACCUCGCACCGUUUAUUCGAUCCCGCGUCCUGUCGCACGGUACCUUUGGCAUCUCCCACACUCGAGUCCCAACCGAAUCACGACCCGGUCAUGUUGCGCUGAUUGCUGGAUUAUACGAGGAUGUCUCGGCGGUUACGACAGGCUGGAAAUUGAACCCAGUGGACUUUGACAGCGUGUUCAAUCGGAGCAGACAUACCUGGAGCUGGGGGAGUCCGGACAUCCUUCCCAUGUUCAAGGAGGGUGCCGUUCCGGGGAGAGUUGAUGCGGAUAUGUACGGGGAGGAAGCAGAGGACUUUACGGCCGACGCUACAGCCCUCGACGUUUGGGUGUUUGACAGGGUCAAAGAGCUGUUCGAGUCGGCCAAGCAUGAUCCGGAAUUGGAUGCGAAGCUGCGGCAAGACAAGCUCGUUUUCUUCUUGCAUCUCCUUGGGAUCGAUACGACAGGUCAUGGUUAUCGCCCUUACUCCAAGGAAUACAUGCGCAAUAUCAAGUUGGUCGAUGAGGGCGUCAAGGAAAUAACUCGACUCGUGGAGAACUUUUACGGAGACGACAAGACAGCGUUCGUCUUCACCGCGGACCACGGCAUGAGUGACUGGGGCAGCCAUGGAGAUGGACACCCCGACAACACAAGGACACCACUCGUCGUCUGGGGAUCAGGUGUGGCGGGCCCAGAGAAGCCGCAGGUGGGUGCCCUCUCUGGGCAUGAGGACGGCGCCUCUUCUGACUGGGACUUGCACAGCGUUGUGCGCCACGAUGUUGAGCAGGCAGAUGUCGCCGCCCUCAUGGCGUACCUGGUUGGGCUCGACUUCCCGACAAACUCUGUCGGUAGGCUUCCCUUGGACUAUAUUGAUGGCAGCCCUAGGGAGAAGGCUUUGGCUGUCUUAGCGAACACGCAAGCGGUUCUGGAAAUGUACCACGUCAAGGAGGAACACAAAAAGGCUUCCUUGUUGCGUUAUAAGCCUUUUGAGCCCCUGGCAGAGGACGGUCAGAAUUCGGUGGAGAAGCAUUUGAAUAUUAUCAAAGAGCUGAUUGAUAGUGGUCUUUACGACGAAGCGAUUGAAAAGUCUGCUAUCCUAUUCAGCAUGGGAUUAGAGGGCCUUCGCUAUCUCCAGACCUAUGACUGGCUUUUCUUGAGGACCAUUGUCACUCUUGGGUAUCUAGGAUGGAUUGCUUAUUCUCUGACCACGGUCAUUGACCUCCACGUUCUUCAUGGUGCGUCAGAGUCAAGCCGAACUAUGAGCAGCACACUUUUCUUUUCUUCAAUAUUGGUCGCACUUUUCUCAAUUUUCUUCUACCAAGGGUCAUCCUGGAGAUAUUAUUUCUACGGGAUGUUCCCAAUCUUCUUUUGGGAAGAAGUCUUUUCUCAGAGAAAGGCCUUGCUCGCUGGGCGUGAGAUCCUACUCGGCCACGUGCGCUCGGUGGGCGCCCAUUUUUCAUUCGGAUUUCAAUUGCUGUUAUUUGUGGGUGUGAUAGAAGCUUUGGUGCAUUCGUACUUUGAGCGGAGGCUUUAUACUGUCUGUUUCGUACUAGGCGGUCUUUGGCCUCUAACAUAUGGACUUGGAUUCCUGAGGCGCAAUGGAGUGCUUUAUGGUACCUGGGCUGUUGGGUGUUUUCUCAUGAGCAUUUUCACCCUGCUGCCUGCCAUGAAGGUUGAGGAUGUUGACACAAUAACUUGCGGCGCUGCCUUGAUGCUUCUGACCGGCUUACUAUACUUGUUAUUCGAAGAUCAGAUCCUUGGCUCUAGCCACCACUCUGCGGCUGUCUCCCGAACUGGGUCUCGAGUGAUUAUGGGAAUGCAGCUGGGCUUGGUCAUUCUCUCGUUGAUUGUUACGAGGUCAAGUAUUGCCUCCCUCCAAGCGAAGCAAGGUCUUCCUUUUGGAAACCAGGUAGUGGGAUGGAUCGUUCUUGGUAAGUAG